UUGUCAUCGUGGAGUCAUCACACUGAGCCGGGAGUCGCGCGCUGUGUCAGUGCGGAAAAGAGUUCGUUAAAAGGAAUAGUUAAAUUCGUGCUUGUUCACGGUGGAUGAGAGUUUGUUAAAUUGAAGUUUGUUAUGUCGGUAAAAUCCGUCAAGUUUCAUUGGAGUUCAACUGAGAGAAAGAACUGAAGUGCACUGGAAAGUUCAGCUCGAGUCCUUUUCCUUUCGGUCAGCUUUUGGUCGCUCUCCUCAUUUUCAGUGCUUUUAUUCACAGGCUGACAGAAUGUCGCCUGCUUUUUCGUCGAAUUAGCUUUUCCCGCUCACAUUUGGAGUAUUUUUGCGGGUUGGCUAAUUCAUUUGGAUUAAAUACAGUUUGUGUGUUAUUUUGAGUGGCUUUAUUAGUCGCUUUUCACUGGCGAACUGUUAAACAGCUGUUUUCCGUCAGUUUGCGUCUUGAAUCAAAUUGUUUGCCUAAAUUCACUGCUGGAGACCCUCCACCGACAGAAGUCGUUUUAAAACAUUACUUUCUACCUGUUUAAGUACUUUUAAACGGGUUCCUGUUGCAAACAUGGACAAAUACGACGACUUGGGACUUGAGGCGAGUAAAUUCAUCGAGGACCUGAACAUGUAUGAAGCGUCGAAGGACGGCUUGUUUCGCGUCAAGAGAGAUGCGGGAAAUAACCCGGAUUUUGAAGAAACAAGGAGAGUUUUUGCCUCCAAAAUGACUAAAAUACACAUGCAGAAGCAGCAAGAGGAGAUGGCAAGGAGCAGUUUGGCAGCAAGAAUGAAUGGAAGCCAGGAGAAAGUGUCAGAUAACAACACAUUGUACACCAAAGACAGACCUCCCAUCAACAGUUACAGACAGGGGUGUGAAGCAGCAGCCAAACCACCCAUCAUGUCUGGACCAGUGACUGGCACUGCCAGUGUGAAUCCAUACAUAUCUCACGAAGGACAAAAACAUCAUCCAGCCACCCUAAAUGAUGGAUCCAUCAGGGGUUAUGGGAACAGUUAUGACAAUAAGGUGAUUGGCAAUGCUUAUAACCCAACACCAGUGCCAGCCCGUGCAGCACCCUCUAGCAGCCCCCCUGGCACAUUGACGUCAAGGAGCAGUUACCCUUCUCAAACACCAUCAUCCCCUCUCUCUAACAGCUCUUCCUCCUCAGGUUCACCUGGAGUCACUCCUCCAGUGUGCCAGGGCUUCCCUCAAACCUUUGCCCCAUCAGGGAAGUCUCUCUCACAGUCACCCAUAGGAACCUACAGGGACGCAUAUCACAAACCUCAGCAGAUCAGUCCUGCACACUGGUCUGCCAGUGGGCAGACAUGUCAAAACGGGAUUCUUCAUAACGUUGGCACCUCACCUGCACAGGAGACCCCACCGCUACAGUCCCAUGGAGGAAAGCAAGGUGAGUCGCCCCAACCCAAGAGCAUCGCCCUAAGCACAUGGCAAGGGCAGCCCAACCCAGCCGUGCCCACUCCCACACCGGUUGCUCCUGUAGAGUCUGCCGAUGAUGAAUGCUCUAGCCCUUGUCGGGCACUCAAACUGCCAUGUCAGACCCUCCAUAUACAGACAGAUCAGGGGGCAUCUGUGGCUGAAAUAAAAGUAGAAGCUCUAACUGACCGCCUGGAGAAGGAGAUGGACGCCCAGCCAAAGGCUGAGAACUUUGGCAGUUGUGUGAAGUGCAGCAAGGCUGUUUAUGGAGCCAGUCAAGCAUGUCAGGCCAUGGGCAGCCUGUACCAUGACAGUUGCUUUGCCUGUAGCGCUUGCAGUCGAAAGCUCCGGGGGAAAGCCUUUUACUAUGUCUGUGGGAAAGUAUUUUGUGAAGAGGACUUCCUGUACUCUGGAUUUCAGCAGUCUGCUGAUAAAUGCAACGUGUGUGGACACUUAAUCAUGGAUAUGAUCCUGCAGGCACUUGGGAAGUCUUACCAUCCAGGCUGCUUCCGCUGUGCCAUCUGUAAUGAGAGUUUGGAUGGAGUGCCUUUUACUGUGGACACUGAGAAUAAGAUCUACUGUGUCAAAGACUACCACAGAGUUCUUGCACCGAAAUGUGCUGCCUGUAAUCAGCCGAUUCUGCCCUCUGAGGGGUCAGAUGAAACCAUUCGGGUGGUCUCCAUGGACAAGGAUUACCACGUAGAGUGCUAUCAUUGUGAGGACUGUCAUGUAGAACUGAAUGAUGAGGAGGGUCACCGCUGCUAUCCUCUGGAUGGACACCUGCUCUGUCAUGCAUGUCACCUCAAACACAUCGACCCUGCCUCACUUCAGUCUAAAGCAAACAACUACCACAGUCAAUUUUAAACAUCUGCCACUUCCUUGUGGCUGUUCAGAGAUAUCAGCAUUACCAAAGCUACUCAACACUUACACUACCAAAAAUUACAGCUGAAAUUUAGAUUACAAAAUGUGUGCAUGUGUGAGAUGCAUUAUUUUUUGCAUAUUUUUUUUGUCUGAAUUACAGGUGAAACUCGAAAAAUUAGAAUA